GUGAGCUCAAGUUGAAGACUAUCUUCCCCAGGACACUUCAGAGAGAGCUACACUGCAUUUAGGAAGACAAACAAUGAGUUAUUUAAGCGCAUGAGCUACAAUAAUCGCAUUUGCCACACGGUUAAACCUGCAGAGCUUUAGAUAUUACUGAAGAGAAGCUAUAGUGCAGCGAACAGCGACACAUCAUGCACUGUCAAGCGGAGCUGAGGCUCUCCUCCCCCGGCCAUCUGAAGGCGGCCAGGCGGCGCUACAAGACCUUCAUGAUCGACGAGAUCCUCUCCAAGGAGACUUGUGAUUAUUUCGAGAAGCUUUCUCUCUACUCCGUGUGCCCUUCGCUCAUUGUACGGCCGAAGCCUCUCCAUUCAUGUUCAGGGUCCACCUCACUACGUGCCUACCCUCUCCUCUCGGUGAUCACGCGGCAGCCCCACAACCUGCCCCUCCACCUCGCUCAGCCGUCCUCCCCGGGCGGGGUCCCCUCACACCUGCUCUCCUCGCAGCACCCUCGAGGGUCCGAGCUCUCCCCCAGCCAGACGCCCCUCAGCAUCAGCAGCGAGUCGGACACGGAGCACAGCUCGCCGCGCCUGAAGAAGCCGCGCCGCAGCCGCACCAUCUUCACCGAGCUGCAGCUGAUGGGGCUGGAGAAGAAGUUCCAGAAGCAGAAGUACCUGUCCACACCUGACAGGUUAGACCUGGCCCAGUCACUUGGCCUCACACAGCUCCAGGUGAAGACAUGGUACCAGAACAGGCGUAUGAAGUGGAAGAAAAUGGUGCUCAAAGGAGGUCACGAGGCCCCGACUAAGCCCAAGGGAAGACCCAAGAAGAACUCCAUUCCAACCACGGAGGAAAUCGAGGCUGAAGAGCGAAGAGUAAAGGUGGAGCAGGAGGAUAAGAUGAGGUGGGUGACAAAGGAGUCAGUGCUGGGUCACGGAGGAGAGGCGUCUCAGAGUGAACCUCAAGAUCUCAGUUCAGAAACUCACAACCCGGCGAUAGGGGGGUCCGAGCGGGAGCUGCCCCUCCUGAUGCAGCCAGAGAGCCACGCAGCUAGCUAAGCCAGGACAAAACCAAAGACUGAAGCCAACCUGAAAACAAAGUGCCUCAGGAUCACUGUAAAAAGCCUGUGUGGUGUUUCUUUGCUUUAGGGAUUUGACUGGAAACAUAUUGCUGGAGUCCAAUCUUUACCUAAUGCAGCCUUUUUUUGUGUUUUAGAUAACGUACAAAGAGCUGAAACGCAUAGACACCGAUUGCACUGGUAAUGUUUUUGGCCUUAACAUUUUUAUUUGAACAGGUACCUGGUACAAGGAGCGUCAGAUCAAAGCAAGUGUCAAAGCAAAACAGGUAUCACCUCAUCACCUUAUUGUGCAUUACAGUGAUCAAACACACCGCCUCCAAGCUGCCUCACAUAGUGCAUGUGCCAAAAUAUCAAGAUUUGCCUUACUGUAGUGUCUCUGUCUAUCCAUGUAUUAUAAAUGACUUCACUGCCAAAACCUAUAACAUUAAACGGCUACGGUGCCUUGUCGGUCUCAGAGGAAAGCAUUUUAAAUGUGGGUAAAAUAACUAUAAAAUGCAAGUAUAUAUUUUUUACAGUGGUUUUCGAUUACAAGUGCCGUUUUUUGAGACAGAGUUGUAACGUUUUGAAGAACACUUCCAUGUUUACAUUGGAGUUCUUCUGCACAGCUUUAAGGUGUUUAUUAUUUGGUCAGUAAAGCUCGCCUUUUUUUAUUUUUCAAAUCUGAACAAUAUCUGCCAAGCCAUACACUGUAUCAUACUGUAGAAAUGUGUAUAAAGUUUAAAAUAUAUGGUCUUUUGGAUAUAAAUGUAAAACAGUAUUUUUAACUGCUGUUUUGAAUUGGAUUAAAAUCGUUUGUAUGUAUGUUACUGCCGUCCCUGAGCUUUCUUUCUCCGAAGUUUCAUGGGAGUUGUCACGAGGCCACAAACACUCUUAAGCUGUCAGAGAUUUUCAGAUGGAAUAAAUCAUAACCUGUGCGAGAGACGCACGGCAUAUGCUGAACAUUUAAAAUCUCGAAGACCUUUUUUAGCCUGCAGGCCGAGUACCCAAAUCACUAUGUUAGACUUGCAUUAAAUAACACUGUCUCUAACUGCCUGUCACUGACUUCUCUUGUACACCUGUACUCUCUUCCCUCCAAAGAAUUGUAA